CGGGAUACCGACAAUUUAUUAUCCGGUUACGACGUAUCACACAAUUGAUACCGGACCAUUUUGCACACGGCGAAGAUCAAAGGUCAAAAUAUGGCGACUACGGGAAAGCCAAUCACAUGCAAAGCUGCAGUUGCCUGGGAGGCGAAGAAACCUCUGUCCAUCGAGACUGUGGAGGUGGCACCACCUGAGGCCCAUGAAGUCAGGAUAAAGCUGACCCACACGGGUGUGUGUCACACAGAUGCCUACACCCUGGAUGGUUUUGAUUCGGAGGGAAAGUUCCCCGUGAUUCUGGGUCACGAGGGUGGUGGCAUUGUUGAGAGUGUUGGUGAGGGCGUCACUGCAGUUGCUCCGGGAGACCAUGUGAUUCCUCUGUACAUUCCCCAGUGUAAGGAGUGUGUCUUCUGUAAGAGCACCAAGACCAACCUCUGCAGUAAAAUCCGGGAGACUCAGGGUCGUGGGGUGAUGCCAAAUGGCACGUCACGAUUCACCUGCAAGGGCCAGACAGUGUACCACUUCAUGGGAUGUAGCUCUUUCAGCGAGUACACUGUUGUCGCUGAUAUCUCUGUAUGCAAGGUGAACCCAGCAGCCCCUUUGGAGAAGGUGUGUCUGCUAGGCUGCGGUAUUUCUACCGGCUAUGGAGCUGCACUCAAUACUGCCAAGGUUGAGGAGGGUUCCACUUGUGCUGUGUGGGGUUUGGGGGCUGUGGGGCUGGCAGUUGUCAUGGGAUGCCGAGCUGCAGGAGCUAAGAGGAUCAUAGGAGUCGACAUCAACAAGGACAAGUUUGAAAUUGCUAAGAAGUUUGGGUGUACAGAGUUUGUGAACCCCAAGGAGCAUGACAAGCCUAUCCAGAGUGUGAUGGUGGAAAUUACGGGAGGGGGUUGUGACUACACCUUUGAAUGCAUUGGCAAUGUCGCCACCAUGAGAGCAGCACUCGAGUCGUGUCACAAGGGAUGGGGAGUGUCCACAAUCAUCGGAGUGGCUGCAGCAGGUCAGGAGAUCGCGACACGCCCAUUCCAGCUUGUCACAGGAAGAACAUGGAAGGGAACAGCUUUUGGGGGUUGGAAGAGUGUUGAGAGUGUCCCUGUGUUGGUGGAACGCUAUCUGAAGAAGGAGGUCAUGGUCGACGAGUUUGUCACUCACAACAUGCCCCUCUCCGAUAUCAAUGAGGCAUUUGACCUUAUGCACGCUGGCAAGAGUAUUCGUGCGGUCGUGGCCCUACAGUAAAUGGGAAGCCCUUUUGUAUGCUCAACAUACCCCGGUAAUGCAUCAUGGCAGAAAAGAUUAUUAAAAUUUUCAAAUGUUAUGUUAAGAGGACAUUUGAAAGAGAAGUUACAAAUAUAGAAAUGAUGUGUUUAUUGCUAAAUGUUUAUUUCUGUUUGCCUUUGAUUUUAUGAAGGAUGUUGUGAAUGUCUAGAGUACUAGUCAUCUAUCCACCCAUGUAAACUAUAUAUAUAUAUAUAUAUAUAUAUAUAUAUAUAUAUAUAUAUAUAUAUAUAUAUAUAUAUAUAUAUAUAUAUAUAUAUAUGGGCACAUGUACCAGCCAUUGUGGACAUGUACCAAACAUGGUCUGUAACUAAUUAGUCUUAAUAAUUUGGUGCUUGGUUUGUGAUAGAACACACAUUAUGUAUACUGUACAUCUUACUUAAGUAUGAUUAUGUGAGUUGUGAUUCGUGGUGACAAUCAUUAACUAAUGUUGUUACAUCUAGGCUGGAACAUGUGGUAUACAUGUAGUUGCUACUGUGUACCAUGAUGUCGUAAGACAACUACCAGUAUUGCAAUACGUAUAAAGUGAAUAUGCUAUUAAAGGUAUUGUUUUGAUAAAAGAUAACAUGAUCAAUAACACAUAUUUGAUAAGUUUGAAUGUGUUUUUUUCUCAGAAAAUACAAUAAUGGUUAUGUCACCUGUAAUCGAAUGAUAAUACAUGCAUUUAUUCUGUAGACUUUUCCAACUUUGAAAAAGUAUACAAUCCUAUCACUAUUAGUGCUAUAAUUCCUGCCAUAUAUCGUCUAAAUCUAUUAAAUAAAAUUAAAAAUAUAA